CUCGAGAGGCCCCUGUGAGCUGUUCCAACAAUCAAAGCAGCAUCCGUUUUUUUUUUUCUAUUCUCGUCUUACAUUCGUUUGACUCCCGAACACUAUGCCUUCUUUCAUCUCAUUGGCGCUUGCUGCGCUGCCUCUGGGCCAUAUCGCAUUGGCCGAUCAGUCGCCCUAUACUGGUUCUGAGUUCCAAGACAAGGACUUCGGUCUUUACCCUACACAGACUUACGAGUCAUCUAGCCUCGAGGUACCUGUCUUCCAGGUCAACAAGGCUGCCGAGGACAGUGUUGACUCUGCGGAUCGGGUUUUCAUAUCUCCAAGAGGCACAGCAGUGGACCAAAUCGCGCCUAUGAUCUUCAACGCCGAUGAUCUAUCCCUGGUCUGGAGCGAUCCCAGCUAUAAGACCACAUUUGGUGUCAGAGUACAGGAAUUCAACAGCUCAGACUAUAUUACAUUCUGGCGAGGAACAGUCAAGGGCGCUGGAUAUGGAACCGGCAGCUAUAUCAUGCUUGAUCAUGAGUACAAUGUUGCUUACAACCUCACGACGAAGAACUUGACCGUUGGUGGUGACAUUCACGAAAUCCAAUUGACCGACAACGGUACCGCACUUAUGACUGCUUACGAGCCUAUGGAGUACGAUCUCACCGCCUACGACAUUGAGAACGGAUGGCUCGCAGAUUCCAUUUUCCAGGAAGUCGACAUCGCUACCAACGACCUCAUAUUCUCCUGGCGUGCGUCCGAGCAUAUUGCUCUCAACGCCUCAUACGCCGAUCCUGGUGCCACUGGUAUUUCUCAGGACAGCCCCUACGACUUCUUUCACAUCAACUCCAUCGAGAAGGAUGACUCCGGUAACUAUCUGAUCUCUGCGAGACACACCCACGGUAUCUACUACAUCAAUGGAACCAAUGGCGAUAUCGUUUGGAGCCUGGGAGGCAAGAACAACGACUUCGAGGACAAGAGCGAUGGUCAAGCAACAAACUUUGCAUGGCAGCACGAUGCACGCUGGCGCAACACCGAUCUCACAGAGAUGACUAUCUUCGACAACGGCGCUGCCGACUGGGUCAAGACUGAGAACGAGACUCGCGGUCUCUGGCUCAGCCUCAACUAUGAUGACAUGUCCGUCACCCUCAAGCAAGACUACAUCAGCCCUGAAGGCACUCUUUCCGUAUCUCAAGGAAGUGUUCAGGUACUCUCCAACAACAACGUCUUCAUGGGUUACGGUAGCAAUGGCGCUUUCGUCGAAUACACAAACGACGGCGAGGUAAUCUGGGACGUCCAAUUUGGAAUUAUCGGCAACUCAAGCGUCCAAUCCUACCGUGCAUACAAGCAAAACUGGCAAGGCUUCCCUACAUGGAACCCUAGUAUCGCUGCUACUGGAAACGCUACCGACAACACUACCGUCUACAUGUCCUGGAACGGUGCCACUGAGAUCAAGCAGUGGGCCAUCCUCGCCUCCAACUCUUCUUCUGAUCUUUCUUCUGCAGACAACCUGUGGAAGAAUGUCACAAAGACUGGUUUCGAGACCAAUGUCACCGUAGGCACCAAUGCUCGCUACGUUCGCGCUGCAGCUCUUAAUGCCGAUGGUGAAGUUCUCGGCUCCACUGGUAUCGUCGAUGUCAACGAUGGCACCCUCACUGCUUCAGACUCAAAGGUCGAUAUCGGUACCGGUGAUGCCAAUACCACUGUCACCAGCUCGUCUUCGGACUCUGAUAACAAUGCUGGCUCUAGCUCUGGUUCUAGCAGCAACAGCACAUCUUCGAGCUCUGAUAACGACAGUGCUGCUGGAAUCAUCCACGCUUCGUCUUCGCUUGCUCUGGGAGCCGCGAUGGCUGUUUUGUUCUUCUACGGACUGUAAUAAUGUGGAUACCAUUUUAGAUUUGGAGAUAAAGGU